AUGGAUCUUUGCUUGAUUGAGGACCAGCCAUUAGAGCUAGACACUGAGAGCACAAAAGAAGAUAAAAAAUACUAUAAGGAGUGGUAUAGCUGCAACAAAAAAGCUAAGAAUGUGAUAAGAACCUCUAUGUCUGACACAGUUAGGGGCUCAAUCAUUGAGCCAGAGCUUGCCAUGGAUUUCCUAGAGGCCAUGGAGAUAAGUAUCUGGAGAGUGUAUCAGGAGAGUGACAAAGCUGAGGCUGCUAGGCUAUCUAAAAGAUUUAAUGAGCUGGAGUUUUCUGGAAAAGGAAGUGUGAGGGAGCACAUUAUGGAGCUGAUCGACCUUAACUCGAGGCUGAGGGAUUUAGACAUGGGAGUUAAAGACUCUCAGGUUGUGCAUGUGGCACUUCAGUCACUGCCUAACACAUACAGUAACCUGAGAACCUCAUACCAUGCCUAA